AUGGCUUUGAAGAUUGUCAAAGGGAGCAUCGAUCGGAUGUUCGAUAAAAACCUACAGGAUUUAGUACGUGGCAUCAGGAACCACAAGGAGGAUGAGGCCAAGUACAUCUCGACUUGCAUCGAUGAGAUCAAACAGGAGCUCAAGCAGGACAACAUUGCCGUCAAAGCAAAUGCCGUGUGCAAGCUCACCUACCUUCAAAUGCUGGGCUAUGACGUCAGCUGGGCCGCCUUCAAUAUCGUUGAAGUCAUGAGUUCUUCCAAGUUCACCUACAAGAGGAUCGGUUACUUGGCAGCCUCGCAGUGCUUUCACGAGAGCACCGAUGUCAUCAUGCUGACGACUAAUCAGAUCCGAAAGGAUCUUAGCAGUCCUAACCAGUACGACACAGGCGUCGCCCUCACAGGCCUUUCUUGCUUCGUCACCCCAGACCUGGCUCGGGACCUGGCAAAUGACAUUAUGACACUGAUGUCUCACACUAAACCCUACAUCAGGAAGAAAGCGGUGCUGAUCAUGUACAAGGUGUUUCUCAAGUACCCAGAAUCCCUCCGCCCUGCUUUCCCCAGGCUCAAGGAGAAACUUGAAGACCCAGAUCCGGGCGUGCAGUCAGCUGCAGUCAAUGUGAUUUGCGAGCUGGCCCGGAGGAAUCCUAAAAACUACCUGUCUCUGGCACCACUUUUCUUCAAACUUAUGACCUCUUCCACUAACAACUGGGUUCUCAUAAAGAUAAUUAAGUUGUUUGGUGCACUCACUCCUCUGGAGCCCCGCUUGGGAAAGAAGCUGAUUGAACCGCUUACAAAUCUCAUUCACAGUACAUCUGCUAUGUCUUUGCUGUACGAGUGUGUAAACACUGUUAUUGCAGUGUUGAUUUCCUUAUCGUCUGGGAUGCCCAACCACAGUGCUAGUAUCCAGCUCUGUGUCCAGAAACUGCGAAUCCUGAUUGAAGACUCUGACCAGAACUUGAAGUACCUGGGGCUUUUGGCCAUGUCCAAAAUCCUGAAGACCCACCCCAAGUCAGUCCAGAGCCACAAAGAUCUCAUUCUGCAGUGUCUGGAUGACAAGGACGAGUCCAUCCGUCUCAGAGCUUUGGACUUGCUCUACGGCAUGGUAUCCAAAAAGAACUUGAUGGAGAUUGUAAAGAAACUGAUGCUGCAUGUGGACAAAGCAGAGGGAACCACAUACAGAGAUGAAUUGCUCACCAAGAUCAUUGACAUCUGUAGCCAGAGCAACUACCAGUACAUCACUAACUUUGAAUGGUACAUCAGUAUCCUGGUGGAGUUGACCCGUUUAGAGGGCACGAGGCACGGUCAUCUAAUUGCCUCUCAGAUGCUGGAUGUCGCCAUCCGAGUCAAGGCCAUACGGGUAUUUGCCGUCGCCCAGAUGGCCACCUUGCUGGACAAUGCCCACCUGUUGACUGGCAACAUGCAGAGAAAUGGCAUUUGUGAAGUUCUGUAUGCUGCAGCCUGGAUAUGUGGCGAGUUCUCUGAACACCUGGAGAACCCGCUGCAGACACUAGAAGCCAUGUUACGACCAAAGGUGGCCACCUUGCCGGGACACAUCCAGGCCGUGUACGUGCAGAACGCUGCCAAGCUAUUCGCCACUGUGCUGCAGAGCCAAAAAGACAACACAGAUGGCACAACUGCGCAAGAAACCAGCCAGCUGAUGAUUGACCGCCUACCGCUUUUUGUACAGAGCGCCAACCUGGAGGUGCAAGAAAGGGCAUCUUGCAUCCUGCAGCUGGUAAAAUACAUCCAGAAACUACAGCAAAAGGAGGUAGAGGUAGCGGAGGAAGUGAUUGCACUCUUUGCUGGCGAACUCAACCCUGUUGCCCCCAAGGCACAGAAGAAAGUGCCUGUCCCUGAUGGUCUGGACCUGGAUGCCUGGAUCAAUGAGCCGCCAUCUGAAAGUGAGUCUGAGGACGAGCAGCCUAAGGCUAUUUUUACCAAGGAGGAGCCCAAACAUUCCCGACCAAGACACACAGAAGUGGACGAGAAGGAGCUGGCAAGGAGAAGAGAAGCCAGGAAACAAGAACAAGCCAACAAUCCUUUUUACAUCAAGGCCUCACCAUCCUCUCAGAAGGUGUAUCAGGACACUCCUGGUGUGGAGCACAUCCCUGUCGUUCAGAUUGAUUUGAGCGUGCCUCUUAAAGUGCCAGGCCUGCCUAUGUCAGACCAGUACCUAAAGCUGGAGGAGGAGCGGCGGCAGAAGGAGAGAGCUGACAAGAAAAAGAAGGAGAAGAAGAAAAAGAAAGAGAAACGUAGGGGAAAGAAACAUGACUCUGGUCCGGAGAGUGAGGAAGACAUCACGCCAGCACACAUGGUCGACAUAGUCACAGAGGAGAUGCCAGAGAAUGCCUUACCCAGUGAUGAGGAUGACAAAGAUCCGAAUGACCCUCACAAAGCCCUGGACAUCGACCUGGACAAGCCCCUUGCAGACAGCGAGAAACUUCCAGUCAGGUCUCACCGACCGACAGAAGGCCCGAAAAGCCCAGACGGAGAUGUCGAAAGCACCUCGCAGGAAGCCAGGAAGAGGAGUAGUAAAGACAAGAAGGAGAAGAAGAAAGAUAAAGACAGGGAUAGGAAGAAGAGUAAAGAAGAGAAGAAAAAGAAAAAACACAAGCAUGAAGAAAAGGGAGAUCUUCUUGGCAAUCAGUCAGAUGAGCCUGCCGUCCAAUCAGAAGCACCGAGUGAGGUGGUGGCUCCUCCCACUUCUACCGCUGCUGAGGUUUCGGAUCUGGAUUUCUGGCUCUCAAAUGCUCCAGUGCCCUCAAACGCCCAGGAAGCAGCAACAGUAGCAUCGGAAACGGCUUCAGCGCCUGAAGCUGCAUCUGGAACGGCGCCGAACUCCGAUCCCGACCAGCCCAAAGAAAUGGAGGAGUCUAAGUCAUCCAAACACAAGAAGAAGAAGCUGAAAAAAGAGAAAGAGGAGAAGGAGAAGAAAAAAAAGAAGCACCACCAUCACCAUCAUCACCACAGCGAUGGAGGGGGAGAGGGGUCUGUGCAGAAUGGCACAGUGGAGGAUGAAGAACCUCUACCGCCCAUGUCCAAUUACUGCCUUCUAGCAGAAAACUCAUACAUCAAGAUGGUGUACGACAUCCAGGGGAACCUACAAGAUGGAAGCCAGGUAGUGGUGUCAAUCAUCUUUGAGAACAAGUGCGACAGCUUCCUGAAAUCCAUGGAGUUCAAUGUGCUGGACUCACUGAACUCCAAGCUGCAGAGGCCAGAAGGGGCGGGUGCGCACGAUGGUCUCACAGUCCCCUUUCAGCUACCCCCUGGGGUGUCCAAUGAAGCUCGCUUUGUGUUCACCGUGCAGAGCAUCGUGAUGCCACAGAAACUGAAGGGAACACUUACAUUCAUUGUCAAGAAUGAAGACUCCUCAACUCAUGAAAAACUGGACUUCAAACUGCACUUUACUUGCACCUCCUACCUAAUCACCACUCCAUGCUACAGCGAUGCAUUUGCAAAGUUGUUGGAAUCUGGGGACUUGAAGGGCAGCUCUAUUAAACUGGAAGGAGUCAACAUGCCCUUUCAUCACCUUCUGGCCAGGAUCUGCUUCCAUCACCACUUCUCUGUUGUGGAGCGGGUGGACUCCUGUGCCUCCAUGUACAGCAGAUCUAUCCAGGGUCACCAUGUUUGUCUGCUUGUCAAAACUUCCGACCAGACUGUGUCCAUCGACGCCAAAUGUGAUGAGCCUGCGCUCCUUGGAAAUGUGCUGGAUGAGAUCAAGCAGACCUUCUCUCAGUGCUGA